AUGGGACGUCCCAUUCUACCCCGGCAACGAAACCGCGUCAAGAGAAAGAAACACAACACCAGCAAUAAUAAAACAGUUGCCUUUCAUCGGCGGCGCCGCUUUCGUGUAACCGCUUUUCUUUCUUCCUUCCGGCCCCUCUCCGUUUGUGUUGGUUUGCUUUGUUUUCUUUUAACCGCGUUCCUCACCCGGGCGAACGCCGAAGAAAGGCCAAGACCCUCUUUGACCCGAGGGCCUCUCCGCUUCCUACCCCGAAGUUCUACAAAUGGCGGUCUUUCCGCGCAUCGGUCCCGAAUUGCAUGGACCGCACGCGCACAAAAAACGCCAGAGAAUCAACAAUACAGCAUGGGACGUCCCAUUCUACCCCGGCAACGAAACCGCGUCAAGAGAAAGAAACACAAUACCAGCAAUAAUGAAAUAGUUCUCUUUCAUCGGCGGCGCAGCUUUCGCGUCACCGCUUUUCUUUCUUCCUUCCGGCCCCUCUCCGUUUGUGUUGGUUUGCUUUGCUUUCUUUCGGCUGUGUUUCUUGCCUGGGCGGCUCCAAAACGAGACAAAGUUGUUUUUCACCCUCUUCUGAGGCUUUUUCGCUUUCUUCUUGCUAGAGAAAAAACCCGACAACCCCGUGGGUGGCGGUCAGGCCCCUGCGGGUCCCCCCAAAAAACAAAAAAAAACGUUUCACGUGGCGGACGUUCCAAAAUCCGGCCCAAUCUUGGAAUUGAUUUGGGAUUUUGUCCCUUUUUUUGCGGCGAAACAACCUCCAGAGAUGUUUAA